UCCUCCUCGCCCCUCAUUUCCACCCUCCUCCCCCUCCCCCGGCCACAUCGCUAACUUGUGGCUGUUGUGAUGCGUAUUCCCGUAGAUCCGAGCACCAGCCGGCGCUUCAGCCCUCCCUCCAGCAGCCUGCAGCCCGGCAAGAUGAGCGACGUGAGCCCGGUGGUGGCUGCGCAACAGCAGCAGCAGCAGCAGCAACAGCAGCAGCAGCAGCAGCAGCAGCAGCAGCAACAGCAGCAGGAGGCGGCGGCGGCGGCGGCGGCGGCAGCGGCGGCAGCGGCGGCCGCCGUGCCCCGGUUGCGGCCGCCGCACGACAACCGCACCAUGGUGGAGAUCAUCGCUGACCACCCGGCCGAGCUCGUCCGCACCGACAGCCCCAACUUCCUGUGCUCUGUGCUGCCCUCGCACUGGCGAUGCAACAAGACCCUGCCUGUGGCCUUCAAGGUGGUGGCCCUGGGAGAGGUACCAGAUGGGACUGUGGUUACCGUCAUGGCGGGUAACGACGAAAAUUAUUCUGCCGAGCUCCGAAAUGCCUCUGCUGUUAUGAAAAACCAAGUAGCAAGGUUCAACGAUCUGAGAUUUGUGGGCCGGAGUGGAAGAGGCAAGAGUUUCACCUUGACCAUAACUGUCUUCACAAACCCUCCCCAAGUAGCCACCUAUCACAGAGCUAUUAAAGUUACAGUGGAUGGACCCCGGGAACCCAGAAGGCACAGACAGAAGCUUGAUGACUCUAAACCUAGUUUGUUCUCUGACCGCCUCAGUGAUUUAGGGCGCAUUCCUCAUCCCAGUAUGAGAGUAGGUGUCCCGCCUCAGAACCCACGGCCCUCCCUGAACUCUGCACCAAGUCCUUUUAAUCCACAAGGACAGAGUCAGAUUACAGACCCCAGGCAGGCCCAGUCUUCCCCGCCGUGGUCCUAUGACCAGUCUUACCCCUCCUACCUGAGCCAGAUGACGUCCCCGUCCAUACACUCCACCACCCCGCUGUCUUCCACACGGGGCACGGGGCUUCCUGCCAUCACCGACGUGCCCAGGCGCAUUUCAGAUGAUGACACUGCCACCUCUGACUUCUGCCUCUGGCCUUCCACUCUCAGUAAGAAGAGCCAGGCAGGUGCUUCAGAACUGGGCCCUUUUUCAGACCCCAGGCAGUUCCCAAGCAUUUCAUCCCUCACUGAGAGCCGCUUCUCCAACCCACGAAUGCACUAUCCAGCCACCUUUACUUACACCCCGCCAGUCACUUCAGGCAUGUCCCUCGGUAUGUCCGCCACCACCCACUACCACACCUACCUGCCACCACCCUACCCCGGCUCUUCCCAAAGCCAGAGUGGACCCUUCCAGACCAGCAGCACUCCAUAUCUCUACUAUGGUACUUCGUCAGGAUCCUAUCAGUUCCCCAUGGUGCCGGGGGGAGAUCGGUCACCUUCCAGAAUGCUUCCGCCAUGCACCACCACCUCGAAUGGCAGCACGCUAUUAAAUCCAAAUUUGCCUAACCAGAAUGAUGGUGUUGACGCUGAUGGAAGCCACAGCAGUUCCCCAACUGUUUUGAAUUCUAGUGGCAGAAUGGAUGAAUCUGUUUGGCGGCCAUAUUGAAAUUCCUCAGCAGUGGCCCAGCGGUAUCUGGGAGCCACAUCCCAAAUGUAUCAAUAUAUACAUAUAUAGAGAGAGUGCAUAUAUAUGUAUAUCAAUUAGCUAUCUACAAAGUGCCUAAUUUUUAGAAGAUUUUUCAUUCACUCACUCAGUCAUGAUCUUGCAACCAGAAGAGGGUAGACAUUGAGAAGCAGAAGGCCCAAGAGAGACAAUUGUAUUCAGGUUUCAGAUGGUUUUCUAUUUAAACUGUACUUUCACAAACCAAGGAAAAAGGUAUCUUUUGUUGUGUUGUCGUUUGGCCUGUUGCCAUAAAUAACCCGUUCCUAUGCCGAUUCAGAGAGGUGGACUCCAGGCUCAGGAGGAAGAAGAGCAAAGCCGCUUCCUCUCUGUGCUUUGAAACCGCACACCCUCACGGUUGCAGCUGUGUGUGGACCAGUGCCCUCUGCAGACCAGCUUCUAAAGCCAGUCGAGGUGCACACAGAGGGCAAAGAGGUAGAACGGACGCCCCCAGCACAGUGCAGUCCAUUCAGAGUAACUGUUCCAAACUGCUCUCAGACUUGCCGCAAGUUCCCACACGACCUGUCUGGUUCAGUGUUGUUGUUUUCCUACGUUUAAGACAGUGACUCCAAAAAUACUGAUCAGGCUAGAUGAUUUGAUUUUACUUUUUUAUACUUUUUUUUGUUUCCUUUUCCCAUUUAACCAAAAAGAAAUCCCAUCCUUCAAUCCACUUCCCCCCACUCCUUCUCCUUUCUACUUUUAUGCAAAACUGAAAAUGGCAAUACCUUAUUAUAGCCAUAAUGAUAUAGAUAGUGUUUGUGUUUGGCUGUGUGUUGUUUUCUUUUUUUUUUUUUAAAUUAUGAAUAUGUGUAAAAUCUGAGGUAACUUGCUAACGUGAAUGGUCAUAUAACUUUAAAGAUAUAUUUAUAAUUAUUUAAUGACAUUUGGACCCUUGAAACAUUUCUUAGUGUACUGAUAUGUUGACUUCGGUCUCUAAAAGUGCUCUUUAUUAAAUAACAAAUUUCUUCAGUGGGCUAGAGCCAUAUCUGAAAUAUUGCUAAGCAGUUUCAGUUCAGGCACAAUGUGAUUUUCAAAAAUACGUCCAUCUCCAAAUAUUUUAGAUGUAGCUUGUUUUUGUGACGUAUGAAGGAAAUGUUAUGUCUCGUUCUUUCAGAUCUCUGAUUGCCUCUAACACAGCUUUGCCUUUUAAAGCAAUAAUUGGGGAUUUAAAAACCAACUCGUAGCCCUUUAUCACUUAUGUUGCCCUUUAUCAGCAUGAAAUGCUGGAGUGAUGUGGUUUCCUAAUUUCUUUCAAAUGACAAUGACUCUUGUCGUACUAAAAAGACAAGCACAAGUGAAUCAUUGAACUGCAGAAGAAUGUUCUGUGGUUUCAUAGUUAAAGCAAAACUCUAAAGUGCCAGGCUUCAUAGUGAAGAUGCAGCGGAAAGCCACACAAGUGGCUGAAGGGUCGAUCAGGAUGCACUUCGUACAGGAAAAGCCAAAUCGUACCGGGGAUUCUUAACCCACCGGCCUUACCCACCAGUAAGUCAGGAAAACCCAGAUGUGCCUUCCCCGAGGCCCCAACGGCAGCCCUCCACCGAAUCUGCACUUAAAGGGGCAGAUUAAGUCAUUGUCUUAUGGGGGAGCGGGUCAUCUGACGCAGCAGGCAAGUUCCAGCAGAUAGCCGAUCUGAGAGAACAUCUGGCCUGUGGGGACCCAUAUCCAACUCUUUGGGUCAAGGGAAGGCAAGGCCACGUGGAGUUUGGGGUCUUACUCCCGCAUACGAAUCUGAGCAGAAGCCCUCCUGGAGGAUGCACUUUGACCACUCUGGAGGCCACAUGGCAAAUUCUCAAGCGUGAAUCCUUAAUCCAAGCCAGGAUCGUUUGAAUGACACCACCGGGCAAAUCCCUGCCUGUUCUCCCAUGGGUCUGGGCCCCUUCCUUUCAGUUCUGUGCCCCUUUGAGCAGAACUUUGUCGAGUUCUGUCUCCAGCCCCUAGAGGCCCCUGCUCUGUAGUCCUUCGCAAGCCCACCUCACCGGCCGCCAUGCCUUGCAGGGAGAGUGGGGGCCUCCCUCGCAGUUCCCCCGACUCCACCCAACAAAAAAUCAAGGACAGAACAGAACAAAACAAAACAAAACAAAACACUUUGCCUUCUAAAGGUUGUAUACCAAGUAUGCUUAGAUAAAUAAGCCACUUUUCUAUUACUUAACUAAGAUGGAAGUAGUAACUGAUACUAUUUAUUGUUUGUGUGUGGUAGCUUGAAGCACGCCACUGUCCAUUUAUUUGUAAGUGUAAAAUGUGUGUGUGUGUGUGUUUCAGCAGCACUUAAAAAAGCCAGUGUCUGGUUACACAUUUCAAUUUUAAUUAAUUGACAUAAAAAUGUUACCGCCAGUGCCAGCUGUAGCCUAUUUAAUAAAAAAAGGUACUAUAUUUGUACAUUAUUUUUUAAUGUUAAAAGGGCUUUUUUAAGUUUACAGUACACAUACUAAGUGACUUUAGGGAUGGUUUUGUGUUAAAAUGUUAUUAGAGUGGCUGCAGGCAGCAACCCAGAAACACUUUAAAAGUUUUUUUGUUUUGUUUUUUGUUUUUUUGUUUUUUUUUUUUUCUUGGGAAAAAUUCAAGCACUUCUCCCCUUCCUCCAACCACUCCAAAGGGGUAAGUCACAUUUCUUAGAUCAAAUUCCGCCCUUUUUCAAAGCCUGGGGGUUAAAUUUUUCUUUUUCGUUUUCUUUCUUUCUUUCUUUCUUUCUUUCUUUCUUUCUUUCUUUCUUUCUUUCUUUCUUUUUUAAACUGAACCCUUCAUUUGCACUGGGUCAUGUGUAUGAUCUGUGAUUCGAAGACCAAAGCAAAGCCUUCCUGCUCCUACUGCCACCGUGAAACCGUGUACUAGCCAACACUCUGUAUUUCCUGCAGGUUAAGAGCCUGGUUCUUUAUAGGGCCAACGUUGCUGGAGUUUACAGCGCAACCAACGCAGACACGUGUAUCUGUUUGAGUCGUCUCACAAAUUUUAACCUCUGCCAGGGUCCCACAAACAGGUACCACGGCGUUGGUCUUGGAUGAGGGAAGUGACAUCCAGCCUGGAACUGGGAGGCUCAACAGAUGAGCUAUUGCUUGCUCUGUAGACAAUCUUGCCCCACCAGGGCCUUUUAAAAGGAAGCCGAGAAAUACACACACCGUUAGGGCCCAACCAUUGCAAAUUCAGAGGGGAGGAGACGUGUGUGUUCUGGCUUAGCGUUCCCUCUGUUCCCGGCAAAGGGGACUGACUCAGAGUCUCGGUUAAUACAUGGAAACACAGAGCAUGAGCGAGAACAAUCAUUAUUUCUAGGCUAUUCGAAAGAACAAUAAUAAAUAAAGGCGACUCUUCCAAACCUUGAAUUUGUUGUUCUUAAAAAGAGAAUGCAUUUACAAAAUAUGUUCUGUGUGAGAAUUUUUUAGAUGUUUGUUUACUUCAUGUUUACAAAUAACUGUUUGCUUUUUAUGCAGUACUUUGAAAUAUAUCAGCCAAAACCAUAAGUUACAGUAAUUUCUUAGGUAUUCUGAAUAAAAUUCCAUUUUUUUGGAUAUGCUUUACCAUUCUUAGAUUUCUGUGGAACAAAAAUGUUUGUAGCAUUUUGUGUAAAUACAAGCUUUUCAUUUUUAUUUUUUUCCAAUUGCUGUUGCCCAAGAUCUGCUUUCUCUGCACAUAUUGUACAAAUUCUGGUUUGUCCCACAGGCCAUGAUUGUGGAUGAGUUUACUUUCAACUUCAAAGGGACUAUUUGUAUUGUAUGUUGCAACUGUAAAUGGAAUUAUUUGGCAUUUUUUCUCAUGAUUGUAAUAUUAAUUUGAAGUUUGAAUUUAAUUUUCAAUAA